CCUUUAUUGCUAACUCCCCUUUUCCUCCGUUUCAUCAUAUUCUGCUUCGUCUCUCAUUUGUCUCUUAUUAAUUCUUAAUUUUUUUUCUUUUGUUUAAUUAUAUAUAUAUAUAUAUAUAACUUUACCUUUUCCCUUGUACAAAGAUCAGUCUUUUAUCUUCCCUUCUUCAUCGUCUUCUUUCUUUGUUACAAGCUGAAGCUAUCUGCUUCAUGGCUGUUUCACCCACGAGCUCUUCUAGCUUGGAGUUGACCAUAUCCAUGCCUGGCUUCUCUUCAUCCCUCUCUCUUCCUUCAUCUGCAGGUGAAGGGGGCUGUGGAGUGAGAGAUUUGGACAUAAACCAAGUACCAUCAACAGCAGUAGAAGAAUGGAUCACUGCUUCUAUGGAUGAUGACGAGGAAAUUACUAACGGAGCACCUCCUCGCAAAAAGCUCCGUCUCUCUAAGGAACAGUCUCGUCUUCUUGAAGAAAGUUUCAGGCAUCACCACACCUUAAACCCAAGGCAGAAAGAGGCAUUGGCUAUGCAGUUGAAGCUUAAGCCAAGACAAGUUGAGGUGUGGUUUCAAAACCGUAGGGCCAGGAGCAAACUGAAGCAGACAGAGAUGGAAUGCGAGUACUUGAAGAGAUGGUUUGGUUCGCUAACAGAGCAGAACAGAAGGCUACAAAGGGAAGUAGAGGAGCUUCGGGCCAUGAAAGUAGGGCCUCCCACUGUCAUAUCUCCUCACAGUUGUGAGCCCCUCCCAGCAUCCACCCUCACUAUGUGUCCAAGCUGUGAACGUGUCACCACCACCGUCACUAUUGAUAAGGCCCCCACCAGAACCACCACUACCACCAACGGCACCACUCGUGCCACAGCCGCCACCUUGUCCUCUAAAGUUGGAACACCACUCCUGCAAUCUCGUCAAUCUUCUGCAGCUUGUUAGUCGCUCUGGUUUGAUUAAUGAUAUUAUUAAUUUACUUUGAAAGAAGAAAAAAUAGGUCAAGAGGAAUGUUCAUAGUAGUUCACACAACAAAGGAAAGAAAAUGAAUGGGAUAGAUACUGUAUACUCGUACGUAUAUGGUAUCUAAUCUACAUAUGAUAAUUUGCUUGUUACCACUUUUUUUUUUUCUUUUAACAAUUAUUUUAUUGCUGGAGCCAUGCAUGUACAAGUAACUAAUUGAUUGAUAGACUGAUGUUAGAUUUUUCUUUUUUUCUCUUUUUCAUAUAUAUAUUGAGAGAUUAAUUUUA